AUGGCCACAGCACUCGUCGCCCGGAAUUUGGGGGGAACUCAGACAACUGCGCAUCCCGCGACGUCUGGUGCGACUGCCCUAUUCGCAGGUGAAUCAGGCAGUAACAGUUCUGCAACGACCAGUUAUAGUGCACUGUUCCCGACAACUACUCAGAGUGGAACCAGUAGCGACGAUGGGGGACCGGGCAAUUCGACGAAUGUAUACUACCUUGUUUUCCUAGGCGUCCUCGUGAUACUACUCUGCAUCGCAGGAUGUAUGACGUACCGGGCCUUCCGCAUCAGAAGGCGUUAUCGAACAGCUACACAACUAGCCAUCGCCCGAGGCGAUCGUCUCCCGCCAGAUUUUACAGCCAAUCGAGAAGACUUUUGGGGUCUGGGUGGCCUCGCAGGUUGGAACUCGACGGGGUUGGAUCGACUCGCCCUCGGGGGAACACCACUGGUCGGAGGCGCUCAAUCUAAAUGGAGAAAGAUACCAGUUUUAUGGGAGCAUAUGGCGGAGGACGAGAAGCUGUCUGAGGGCAGGCAUAGCCGUGAGGGACAGGGCAUGUCAAGCAGCAGGGGAGGUCAUGCUUGGGAUACGAGUGCUGCAGACCAGGAUUGGGAUAGCUCACAACCUCUUUCCAUUCAAUCUCUACUGCCUCCGGACCAAGAGCUUGACUUGGAUAUCGCAGCCGAACAAUCGUCACCACGUUUACCUCGAUCAUCUGGACCUCGACCUCGUCCAUCACCACGCAUGUCCUUCACUGGUUUUCAUUUCAGUCAUCGCCGAAGAUCUCGUCACGAGUCGUUGGCCGUAGAUCCUGAUCAAGCGAAUGGUGAUCCACCGACGCCAGAAUUGGAAAGAGAGCUGGAGGACGGGGAAGAGAUUAGAGUUGGUGUUGUCAUUCGCAUGCCUAUGCAGGAGGAUCCCUUGGACAGACGUUCAAGGAGGACUACAACAACAGAUGAUGAUCAAGAUGAUGAUGUCGAGGAGAUUGGAUGGAAGCCCGGAAUGGAGUUGGGUGUGUGGGAAGGCACAGUGAGGCGGUCAAGAAGGUGA